AUGGCUUCCCGCCUUCUCCUCCUCCUCGCAACCUUCGCCCUCAUCUUCGUCUCAGCCGCAGGGCAGGCGGGCAACAAGAUCGAGAGAUUGAGGCCGUUUCAUCCGUCCUGCUCGACGACGCACAACUACACCGAUGGCAGCCAGUACAAGAAGAGCCUGGACCAGCUCCUGGCCGCGCUCCCCGCUGCGGCCGGCGGCAACGGCUGGUUCUACAAGGGCAGCGCCGGGUCGGGGCCCGACGCGGUGUUCGGCCUCAUCAUGUGCUUCACGGACAGCAACGCGACGCUGUGCCUGGACUGCUUCUCCAGGGCGCCAGCCGGGAUCACAACGGUGUGCCUGGGCAGCCAGAACGUGAGCGCCGCGUACGACGCGUGCGUGCUCCGGUACUCGUCCGCGCCGAUCCCUGCCACCGUGGACCUCCGUGAAGUGUUCGCCGUGUACACGCCCAUCAGCGGCAUGUCUAUGACCUCAGAAGCUAUGCAGGGGGCCUGGGUGCCGCUGAUGACUAGUCUCUCGAGCGGCGCCGCCUCCGACCCGUCGCGGAUUUUCAACAGCAGCACGUCGUACUCGGGCAUGGGCUCGCAGGAGAUGUACGGCCUGGCGCAGUGCACCAGGGACCUCAACGGCAGCCAGUGCAUGCGCUGCAUCACGAGCUACGCCAAGAGGCUGGGGGAGCUGUUUCCCAAUAACACGGGAGGCGCCAUCAAGGGCUACAGCUGCUACCUGCGCUACCUGGUGGCCCCGAUAAACAUCACUCUGCCGCCGGAGACCGCAUGGGGGCCGAUGCUGAUCCUGCUGACACCGUCCCGCAGCAUCUUCGGGAUCAGCGGUGGAUCUCGGGUCACCUCCUCGCACGCGUGUCUCCGGAUCCGGUGUGGCAACUUCUGGCGCUACCUCUCCAGCAGUGUCUGCUCCUUCUCCAACUCCCUGUCCGGUUACACGCCUUCAACAAGGGUGAAUUCGACGCCCGUGAUGGUCGUCGGACUCUGGUGCGCGCACCCUGACCGGAGCCUCAGACCGUCCAUCAGGCAGGCCGUCAACGUGCUGCGGUCUGAGCUGCCACUGCCCAAUCUACCGGCGAGGAUGCCGGUGGCAACCUAUGAGCCACCACCUGAUGCCUUCUAUACAUCUACCGUUGUGACGGGUGGUAGCAGCAGCACAGACACCGGCACCACUCAUCAGUCCAGCAUGACAAUCACAACUGUCCUGCCCAAAUGA